GACGGAUUAUCACGUACAAAGUGACUUCUUCAAAAUAUUAUUCCGUCAUAUAAACUGAUACAAACGCACGUUCAUGCAUCUGCACACCAAAUCAUGAACAAAGAUAUGUACUAUGCUUCCUGUAAAUAUAGGAAGUGUUUAAAAUAUUUAAAAAGCAACAGGAAGUACCAUUCAUUGCGGAUUACGUAAUCUAUAUUCGAAUUCAAAAUCUUAUCGUAUAUAUAAAGCAAUCUGAAUAAGAGACAACGCAAAAUUAAGAAGAUUUUCAUCAGUAUGAGGUCAAUUUUGAAAAUUCUUUUCAUUUUUGCAACAUUUGCGUUAAUCGUCCAUGCGCAUAAUCGGCAAUGUACAUGUGGAAAUUUAGGGGAAGGUAAAAAUCCUUGUACCUGCAGUGAUGUAGUUGUAAAAGCUACUAAAUUACCAAAACCUAUGUUUUAUGCAUCACCCCAACAAAUUAAUAAUGCUGCAGCUACACGUCUUACUAUAACAGCCAGUGCAUCUCAAAAUGGUUAUUCUGAAUCACAAAGUAGCAGCAACUCUGGAACACAAAGCACUAGUAACUCCAAUGCUUGUGGCAGCGGCAGCAGUACCUCUUCAGAUUCUUCUGGUACACUGGUUGUAUACGACAAUGAUGCAUCUGCUUCUGAAACUAAUGCCGACAAUCAAUCUGGUUGUGGCUGUAGCAGUAGCAAUCAAAAGGUAGUAGAAUCUUUGGAUAUAGAUAAUUCACAGAGUUCAAAUGGUGAAAUUGUACCAAGUUUUUCACCAAUUGGUGAUUUAUGUAAUCCUCUUCCAGUCGAUUCUCGUACUGGUAAGCUAAUAGAAAAGACUAUAAAAGUAGUACCAGCUUAUCCUGGAAAAAUUGUUUGUCAAAACUGUAAUCCAGUAGCUCCUUAUCAAGUUUGUGUGAAUAGCCUCACUGGAGAAAUUAUAAGUAGAACGAUUAUAUCGGGUUCUUCAGAUGCAAUAAGUAAAUCUGGUACUUUAAUGUAUGAAAAUUCAAAUUCUGCGAUGAGUAGCACGCCACAAGAUUCUGUAUUUGGUCCAAUGACGUUCGGGAAAACUGGCACUAUGAGCGGAUCCGCAUCUAGAACAUUCAGUGGAUCUAGAGUAACAUUACAUAAAAAUACAAAUUCUGGAAUGUUUAGUGAAUUAACCCCUGCAAAAUACAAAUUACCUAUGGCAUAUGCUAAUUUAAAUUCUGCUAAUGGACAAAGACAAUACUCAAAGAUGACAUUAAGUUCAUCUGACUGCUUUGAUGAUACUGCAGGUGGAUCUCAGGUAGAUUAUUCAUACCCAGCAAUACCAGCAGAUGCAGUAUCCCUUACUCUUGCAUAUAAAAACCUUCGAGCUCCAAACGUAAUUUACAGACAAGGGAAACAAUUUGUACCAGAAGAUAAAUUAUCCUUUGGACAUAGGACAGUACCGAAUGAUGUAAAAAGUGACAGUAAAAUUUUAGAUAUUGCAGAAGAAAAACUUGUAACAGUUGAUAAGCCUGUCGUAGAAUUGAAAAUAGCACCUCCAAGAACAGUAGUUAUCGGUUCCUACGACGAGCGGGAAGAAGCUAAACUUGCAGAACUUGAAGCAAUUGAACGUGAAAGUAUAACGCAAGAAGAAAAUAUAGAUCAAAUGUCAGAUAGUCUUAUUACAUAUAAAGACCUAGGGUAUGCACCAGUAGAUGCAACCUAUAUGCACUCUAGAAAAUAUAAUGGAGCAAUAAGUUACAACGAAGAGAUUAAUGAUAGUGCAGAAGAACCAUGUGGUCCACUGGGCCCACCUCUAUCAGAUUAUGUUCCAGGAAGGGUAGUAGUUCAACAAGAAAUUGUACGAGAUAAUAUUGAAGAUUUUAAUGGAGGAAUGAGUGGAAUUAUAGACAGCCGCCAAUCUUCAAGAUCUGAACCAUGCCCUAACUGCCAAAAUACAGUCAUGAGUUUACGUACAGUAGUCUCGAUUUUGGCCACUCUUUUGAUUGUUACUUUGAAAUGUGAUUGUAGUCCUAUCAAAGACGGUGUUCAAAUAGUAACUUAUGGAGAUCCUUGUGUUGUAACUCGACAAUUACCGAUCAAAAUUGAGGGACCCAAACCACCGAGACAAGAACAAAAGAUACCUAUAUCGUUGAAUUUGAAAGUUGUUUCUGACAUGCUUGUACAACCACGUAAAAUUGAAUAUCCAAUCGAGAUAGAAAAAGCGUGCACUACUCCGCCAUCAAUGGAAAGGACGUCCACGGUAGACACUUUACGAGGAAAAACUUAUACGUACAAUACUUAUGUUCCUCCUGCUUCUUACGUUCUACCUACGCAGACAAAUUAUAACUAUGCCAUUGAGGUUCCAGUUCCAACGAAAAACAAUAUGGAACACUAUCAAGAGAAACGUGUGCGAUUAAAAGGUCUCACGUCACGAAUUGAUCGGACCAAUGGAAACAUUGAAUAUUUACAGGAUGUCACAACCAAGUUCAGUAUCCUGCCGAAACGUUAUGCGAUUACUCCAACGCCCGAAGAAUACCCUGAAACAGAUUUCAGCUGGGAAGAAGAAUAUAAGGCUUCACUGUCAUUAGAUCGACUGGAUAGUUAUUCUUGCAUAGAGGAGGCAUCAGAGUUUGGUCACAAAGAAGCAGCAGGAGUCUUACUUCACGAAGUUAUUUGUGAAUUUCGCAAACUCUGGCACUACUUUAUGAUUGCUGUUCAGAACUUACAGAACGAACUUCAACUAGAUCUACCAAUCGAAACGGAAGAAGCUAUGAUUUUAUUGAGCGAUUUUGUAAUGAGCGGAGCUGUAUUCGACAAAAUAGAACAAGGUAUAGUACAAUUGGAAGUGUUCUUAGAGAAUCCAGAGAAUGUGAAUGUUAUGCUCGACUUAAUAGAGAAAUGUGUACCGAUCUCCAAUAUUCAUGAAACUGUGAACAGAAUAAGAAUCGCUAUUUCAAAUUUCUUCGUUCACCUGCAAGGUUUCAUUAUAUAUUUCGAGCCUCACGAAGGCAUACAGAACUAUAUCGAGUUGUUGAAGAAAUGGGAAGAAAAACUAGGCGCUGCAGCACAGAUAAUAUUAGACUUGUUCGACAUACAUUUAGAAACAGAAAUGCAUUUACUGUUAGAAUUUGCUUCGUCGGCGAGAUUGUUACUGCACAAACUUUCUUUCGAAGAAAGCAUUGAAUAUAACUUAACAGUUCUUAAGGACUUUAUCGACACUUUCUACGAAGUUUUGAAACAAUAUCAUACUUCUGAUUCUUCGAGAUCUGCAAUUAUCAAUUUGCAUUCUCUAAUUGCAAAAUUCAUCUCAGCUUUUCUCCCACAGAAUAUUAAUAUUCCCGUCAUACACUUCGUUUUGCCAAAUAAAGAGAUUGCCAAUUUAUCUUUAAUUUGGCAUAUAACCAACGAAACUUUUCCACAUUUUCCGUCAAUUCCAUAUAGUCAAAGUUUUACAGCAAUUUGUAGUUCACAACUGUUAGAAAUUUUCGGGAAAGAAGCAGAAUUAUUCUCAGAAUUGUCUUCUUUGGUGAUACAUGCGUUCGAGAAACUUUGCUCCGGGCAAACUUUCGAAGAACAUUUAACGAUUUUCAAGGAUUCUAUCGAUCAGUUGUUAAACAUUUAUAGAAAGUACUUGGAAUUUUCGGGAUCUGUAAUUGAUAAGCUGCAUACGUUUAUUUUAAAUCUAUUUUUGACGAACUUUAACAUUCCUCUACUUCAUUUCAAGACAGCAAACGGUACCGCUGUUUUAUCGCUCAUCUGGCAUGUAAGGAAUACAGCUUCAAGUUUUUCAUUACCUUCAUCGACAGUUAACGUAACAUCAGUUUUCAAAGAUGUAACGAUCAGUCAAAUUACAGCUUCUUCAACUUCCAUACAACACACUGAAACUUCUAAAUUACCUUUCACAAUUGGUAGAACAAAUGUUACUUCAUCUGCCGCAAAGACAACAGUUGCAAGUGCUUCUGAAUCAAUUAUUCAAUCGCCAGUUUCUAUUUCUAACUUAUUGACGCCUAAUGACGGAUCGCAAGGAGGAAUUCAUUCUACUACUUCAGCUAUAAACACAAUUAUCCAGCCUCACAAUUAUGGUUCAAGUGAGCAUUAUUCUUCACAACCCAAACCAACCACAAGUCUUCCAUUUGGAUUGCCCAGCGAUAUUUUCUCUGUUUUACCUAACGUACAAUCGAAUGAUAAAUCUGAUCCUUCACGAACAACUUCGCCACCUUCAUCGAGCACAACGCAAAAAGAUUCUCCACCUUCUGAUUCCUCGACUACGAAAAUACCAAAUGUUUCUGAUAGAACUCCUUCGUAUUUUGAUAGGAGGCACAAUAAUCGACAAACACCAGUUCCUUCGUCUCCUGAAAAAACAAAUGGCAUUCCAAGUAAUAAUCUAAUAGUACCUUCAUUCUUUGAAAAUGUACCAAUUCCUUCAUCUGAUCCUAAAAAUCCAGCUAAUACAUUGACCAGUGAUCCACCAACUUCGACAACAUCUACUGAGAGAACUGACCCAUUGACCACUACUCCAACAACUCCCUCAUCUUCUGAACGGCCAACUGAUUCGUUGACCACUAACCCAGCAAUUCGUUCAUCUGUUCCUGAAAAACCAGCUAACAUGUUAGCCAAUAAUUCUCAAAGUCCUGCAGCUAUUCCUCAGAAACUAGCUGAUUUAUUGACGAAUCCAUCAAUUCUCUCAUCUACUCCAGCAAAACCAUUUGAUUUAUUAUGGAAUAGUGCACCAAUUGCUCCAGGUUCUCCAGGAAAGCCAACUGAUUUGUUGUCGAACAGUUUACCAACCACUUCUGAUCCAGCAAAACCUGAUUCAGGGACCAACAAUUUUCCAAUUCCUUCAUUAAUUCCUGGAAGACCAACUGAUUUAGGGACCAAUAGACCUCCAAUUCCUUCAUUAGUUCCUGGAAGAUCAAUGGAUUUCUUGACCAACACUCCACAAAUUUCCCCAUUUUCUCCUUUAAAUUCAUUUAUCAAUAAUCCAUCAAUUCCUCCUUCUGCUCCUGGAGAAUCAGUAGACCCCAGAAAUCCAGCAAUCCCUUCCACCGAUAAAUCAGCUGAUCCAUUAAUUCCUUCACCUUCUUUUGAAAGACCAGGUGAUCCAUCAGUUAACAAUCCACCAAUUCUUCCAUUUAUGUUUGAAAGACCAACUGACUACUCAUUUAACAACCCAUCAUCUUUUGGAAGACCAACCGAAUUCUUAGAAUAUAAUGCACCAAUUUUCGCAUCUGCUCCUGGAAGACCAGAUUUCGUAAUAAAUAAUCCACUAAUUUUUCCAUAUCAUCUUAGAAGACCAGUCGACUUCUCGAGUGAUGCAUACAUAUCUGCUCCUGGAGAAUCUUCUCCCAGCAUACUGUUUCUCAACGAACCUGAUAGGGACAUUGAAAAGAGCAACAAUGAACCCUUAAUUCCUUAUACACCUCCCGAUUAUUUGAUACCAGCUUCGAACAUCAUCCCAAACUUGCCACGUUAUCAACCUGUUUCAAGCCCUUACGUUAAUUAUCUGGAAUCUAUCGAUGCAUUUUACAAAAGUCUUUAUUCUUACCUGCAGUAUGGUAAUCCCGCAAUAGCACCACCACCGAAUGUGUCGAGUAAAAUAUCAGAAUUUCUUAGACGGGGUUUCCCUCCAUCUUCGCCCAUGUCGAUGGAUAAUUCUAAUCUGUGCGGUACGUCCGCAUCUCUGCCAUCUUUGUCAGGUCUUACUAGUAUCUUAAAGAAUGAUAUCAAACGGUCGCAGUCACCCUUCUAUCUACCUAGAAAAGAAAUCGCAUCAGCUUUAGGUAAUACGGUUUUAUCACCUGGAGACUUGAUCGUUAUUCUUUCUAAAAAUGGUUUGAGAUUGAUUGGUCACGUAAUCGACACCGUUAGCCCGAUUUACUUUAAGCCGUUCGAGGUGAAAACUGCUUUUGGGAAUCCUCAAGAUAGCAUUAAAAUUUGGCACCUUCGAUCAAAAGAUUUCCAUAAUCCAAAAUGCGAACAACAACUAGAAUUUUUGUUUCGACGUUGA